CGCAGCUCUGCCUCUGCCUCGACACCCGCCCCCGCUCUCGUACUUCCGUGACAGCCAAUCGUUUCAGCGUGAGCUCGCCCAUGCCCAGUCCGCUCCGUGCUCUGGCUCAACCUCUCGGGUAGCAUCGCGCUAUGACAGUCUGACUUUGUCUGACAGAGCGUCUUUGUUCGUUACUCCGCCUUUGCCUCCAAGCCCGCCAGCACACACGCUCUCCUCUCCCGUGACGACCAAACCCUCUCCGCCGGAGCACCUGCUCGACUUCACACAGGUUCACAAGCUGGCUCUCGCAAACUCCUCUGCGUCGUCGAGCUUGCGGUUGGGCUGCCUCUCCUCUCCAUGCCUCGCCUUCCUUGACGCUGUUUUUGCGGGACUUGACGGCAUCCUACAGCCAACUUGUUGAGACACGGCCCAGUGCAGCUCGCCAUGGCCUCAACACUGCUGCCCUCCGGCGGCAUUGCCCUCCAUGGGGCUCCGGACUCCGACAUCUCCACGAAAGAAGCCAGGAGCCAUGCUGUGCACGUCAUGCAGCUCGAAAUCACCCAAGACAUCAUCAACGAGCUUCUCGAGAGUGCCCACGGCGGCAAACCCCCCCAGAUACUCUUUGGCAGGAAUCCUCAACUCAAAUAUGGCGACAAGUCCCACGUCCUCCAGACCACUUCCGAGAACCUUCGAUACGAAUUGUACCAUUCUGCCGGCCCCGAUAGUCAAGAUGAAUACACAUUCGCCGGCCUCAUCAACCACUCUCUCGCCAUCCAACAUGCCGAACAAGUUACGUCGGGGGUGGACACUGCGUUGGAACAGCUGAAGAGCUCCAUGGCGGCUAUACACAACAUUAAGGAAGCGAACAAGACUACUGUUGUCAAGGACGCAGACGCAAGCUCACUCCUCACUCCUUCGCACCGGCGAGGUCUCUCCAAAAACUUCAAGCCUCAACAACACCUGAAACCCUCCUCCAACCUGUCCUCACCACUACGAUCUGUGCCUUCGAGCCCAGCCUUGAAUGGAUUACAGAAUCUAGGUAAGGGUCCUACAUCACAACCAAGCUCGCAAACCGAAAAGACUCGAGCUUUGCGGUAUGUGACUGUUCAUUACCUCGCCUUGGAACCGCAACCAUUUGAGAAGUACGUGAACCACAUCCGCGCGCGGAGGGACGACUGCAAGGAAGUUCUCCAGAAGGUUGGCAAAAAUCAAGACGGGAAGUGGCACCUCACCGAUCGAGCCUUCAAGGAUCUCGACCCAUAUAAAUUUCCCUACCAAACUUCUGAGGAUCGAGAGAAAGCAGUCAAGAAUGCAGUGAAAGCGUUUGACCGACUCCGAAUCGCGAAAGACGACAAAAUCUGGCAAAUGUUGCUGCCUAAGGAGGAGCGUGGAAAGGGAAUGUGUCUAUCCCGUCUCAACGUCACUGCACCCUCCCAAAGGCCGUCUACACCAAUGCAGUCAAUCUCGAAGCUCACAGAAAAGAAGGCGGGGGCUGGAACCAAGGGCGAGGAGAAGAAGUCGGAGAAGGAGGGAAAGAAGGUCCGAGAGGUGAAAGAGAAGAAACCCGCUAAGGAGGUGAAGGAAUCAACAAGCGACGAGCCCAAGAUGGUGAACAAUAAGAAGACGGCGAGCCAAUUGCAAACCGGCGCUGCCAAAACGAAGGUGAAGAAGUCAGCCGCGCUUUCAACGGCCGAAGACUCUUCUACUUCUACAUCUCGACAGAAGACCAAAGCCACUGCCAAAACUACUACCAAGUCGACUACCAAAUCGACCACCAAAACAACCGCCAAGGAAGAUUCAUCUCAAGAGAAAAUGAUCAGGUCCGGCAAGCCGACAAUAAGCGCUGCUACGAAGCCGAAAAAUCCUUCUCCGCUCUCUGCAUCGCCUCCGGUGAAUGCGAGCGACUUCGAUGACGCCCAUCCGGUCCACAAAGCACUCUCCGCAGCUCCAUCCCCAGCUAAGAGCUCCUCUGGCAAUUCGGACCACAUGCUCAAGCGCAAGGCCAACGAUCUUGACAGCAACAUCCACAAUCACAACCUCUCGGUCAAGGUACGCAGGGUCGAUCGCUCAACUCCGAUUGCAACCCCGCUCAGCACAUCGGGCAAGACUAGCACGCCCUCUUCUGCGCAAUCUCUCAAGCGCAAAGCCGUGGAUACCGACUUCUCCGAUAUUUCACGAACUCACACACCCAUGGCGUCUGGCUCCAAAGUCCGCAAAGUCAACAGCAUCGACACCGCCGCCGCCUCUCGGUACAACGCCGCCUCUCCUCAAUCCGACACCACUACCUCUCCACCUCUACCACUCAGCUACCGUCAGACGAUCGAGUUGUCCCAGAAGUUUGAGCGGUACUACAAAAAGUACGAGCAGCUGUACUUCCAGCUCGCUGACGACACAAAACCGCCGAACGAAGAACAACGCGAUAGCCUCAUGAAGAUGCACAGGAAGCUGGAGGAGAUGAAGCGGGAGAUCAAGGCUGGUGCCAGGCACUCGCAGGCGAGCAAGGAACAUUCGUGAAGGAGAAGUGCAUACCUGGUCUUGAAGACCAACUGAUUUUGGCGGCAUACUGGGUGUUCACGGAAAGGAACAAGGUCUCUCAUUUCAUGCAUCACUCUGGUGUUUUUGAAUCAGCAUUUCUGAGGGGUCAUUGGGAGUUUGAGAAGCCUUUGGGUUUCGUUUCUGGGCUUUCUUCCGAAUAAUGACCGCAUAGGCCAACUGGAUGGCAACGAAAAGCAUAUCUUGGAAAGGAGCUUUGAUGCUAUAGUCGAAUGAAAGUUUUCGCAUAAAUCUCUGCUGCUGCUCGGAGUGAGUGAUACAUCAUGUAGGAUAGUUUGGAGUGGCGCAGCGAACUGGACAUCAAACCUUUUAACAUAACUGAUUUCUGUCCCAAAAUGCACUGAAGCCAAUAGGAACUUAUAAGCCUACACAAAUUGAUCAAUCCAAACAUCUCAAUU